AUAACAUCUGCAGACGAGUAAGAAUGAGACGGAAGUGAGGCUGAAUCCCAAAUCUCCUUAUUGCAGAUUUUAGUACACUUCAUAGAACGUAGAAGCUAUUAUAUCAUACUCUGAGAUAUAUACACCUAUGUAGGGAGUAGACAGCGAUUUGAGACUGUCCAAGUCAGAAGCUUUAUUAUUGCUUGUGUUCGUGUUUCUGCUAGCUAAACAUGUCGGAAAGAAAAGUCUUAAACAAAUACUAUCCCCCGGAUUUUGAUCCAUCCAAAAUCCCUAAACUGAAACUCCCUAAAGAUCGUCAGUAUGUGGUUAGAUUGAUGGCCCCGUUUAACAUGAGGUGUAAGACAUGUGGAGAGUACAUAUACAAAGGGAAGAAGUUUAAUGCUCGCAAAGAGACGGUACAGAAUGAGCUGUAUCUGGGGCUGCCCAUCUUUCGUUUUUAUAUUAAAUGCACAAGAUGUCUGGCAGAAAUCACAUUUAAGACCGACCCGGAAAACACUGAUUACGCUAUGGAACAUGGUGCGACACGAAACUUUCAAGCUGAGAAGCUGAUCGAAGAGGAGGAGAAGAAAAUCCAGAGGGAGAGAGAGGAGGAGGAGUUAAAUAAUCCUAUGAAGGUUUUGGAGAACCGCACCCGGGACUCGAAGCUGGAGAUGGAAGUUUUGGAGAACCUGCAGGAGCUGAAGGAGCUGAAUCAGCGGCAGGCUCAGGUGGACUUCGAAUCCAUGCUUCAGCAGUACAGGGAGCUGGAGAAGAGACAGAAGGAGAAAGAGCAGGAGGAGGAUGAGAGAGAAACCAAAGAAAUGCUGGAGAGGGCGCUGGUGAAAAGGCUGAGGGACUCUGACUCUGACUCUGACUCUGAUCAGGAGCAAGAAAACGGAAAAGGGCAGCAGAAAAGACACGCUGCUGAGAACCCCACAGACAUCCUGACUACACACCAAGAAACGGAUGCAAAGGGUGCCACUUCGUCUGGAGUAAAGCGUCAGAAAGUGGAGAGCUGGGAAAAGAGCGUGGGCGGGUUGGGAGGAAGAAGUGCACUGGGGUCACUAGUAGUGAGGAAGAAGCCUGCAGCAACAGUUACAGCACAGCAGCCUGCAGCUGGAACUCAGACUGAUGCAAAUCCUGCCAAAGCAGCUGCCACUGCAAGCAGCAGCCAAACACCUACAGUUCGGAAUGGUUCCUCUCUCAGCCUGCUGGGGGCGUACUCGGACAGCGACGAGAGCAACUCCGACUAGUCCUGUCAUGGUGAUGGAAACAAUGUCUGCUGUUAACUAUACAACACGUGCAGGAACAGUCUCAAGAAAUCCACUCACAGACUGCUGGUUUUUAGAUUGACUUCCAGUGGUGUCUGCUGGAAAAGUAAUUCUGUAUGAUAAUAUUUGAGAAAAAUAUAUCACUCUGAUUGUUUGUAUAUUUUUCAUGUGUUUUGAUUGAUUGAUUAAUAUUAAAGUAUAGAUAGUCUUUCCGACAUGUUUAGCCCAUGUUUCAGCUCCUGAGCAGUAACUAUAAAAGGGUUGCACAGUGGGUGUUUAGGAAAUAACCUUCCUGAUGUGUUGAUUGGAAGGUUCUGAGUUCAAAUCCCAGAGAUGCCAUGGGGCUUUGAGCAAGGUCCUUAACCCUGGCCAGCACAGCUGUAUGCUUGAACUGUAAGUCACAUUGGAUAAAAGCAUCUGCCCUGUGAAUAAAUGUUCAUGUCAAUAA